UGUUUGGGGGUGGAAACAACUCGAGUUUGCGCAGGCGCCAUCGGGCACGGUCGUGCCGGCAACAGGGUGAGUGCGCAGACGCAGAAGUGCCGGCAACGACGCACGCGCGUUUUCACGUCCGCAGCCGCCAUUUUCCCGCCGAGAGGAAGGAGGACGAGGAGCGGCAACGUCGCCGAUAGUGGCGGAGCACAUCUGCAGAGACUUCCAUACACUGUCAGCGACAUCGCGAAGCUGCAAUCGGCAAUGGAGGGUGAGGGGCAGCAGCAGGCGUCGGAGGCCCUUGCUGGACCCUCGGGCGAGGGGGCGGGCUCCAACUUCCAGUGCUCGGAGUGUGGCAAGCUGUUUCGCUGGGCGUGUGUGCUGGAGACGCACCAGAGGUACCACAGCGGCGAACGGCCCUUCGAGUGCCCGGUCUGCGGCAAGGGAUUCGCCACGUCCGGCAACCUGGCGGACCACCAGCGGGCUCACAGCGGCGAGCGGCCAUUCCGGUGCCCGCUGUGCGGGAAGCGCUUCGUCUCGUCCAGCAACCUAAUUGCCCACCGGCGCACGCACACCGGCGAGCGGCCGUACAAGUGCACGGUCUGCGGCAAGGGGUUCGCGGCGUCGCCAAACCUGGCCGUGCAUCAGCGCACCCACACCGGCGAGCGGCCCUACCGCUGCGCCGACUGCGGCAAGGCCUUCGCCGAGUCCGGAAAGCUGUCCCGGCACCAGCGCAUCCACGGUGGCCGGCGGCCGUUCGCCUGCCCGGUGUGCGGCCGCGGCUUCCUGGAGCAGGGCAGGUUGGCGCAGCACGAGCGGCUCCACGCCGGGCACCGCCCCUUUGGCUGCGGUGCCUGUGGCAAGGGCUUCGCCAGCGCCGGUGGCCUGCUGGCCCACCAGCGCACCCACACCGGUGAGCGGCCGUUCCGCUGCACCUCCUGCGGCAAGGGCUUCGUCACCUCCAGCAACCUGAGUGCACACCGCCGCACCCACACCGGUGAGCGGCCGUUCCGCUGUGCUGCCUGUGGCCGCGCCUUCCUGGAGCCCAGCAAGCUGGCUCGCCACCGGCGGGUACACACCGGCGAGAGACCCUUCCUGUGUGCCGCCUGCGGCAAGGCCUUCACCCGCGCCGGCUCGCUGCGCAGUCACCAGCGACUGCAUGGCCCCACCGCGGUGGCCCUUUGAGUGUGGGGCAUGCUCCCCGCUACGCCCCAGUGUGUCCCCUUCAUGGAGAUGUACAGCAUGGAAGCAAACCCUCCAGGCUGUGCUGACCCAGAUAUCCUAAAUUAGUCUG